UCGUAAAUUAUGCGUCCAAUUAUUCUCUCUCUAUAGUUCACUCUAGUCCACUUCCCAAGUUAAAAAUCCAACCUUUUUUCUCCAUCCACACAUAAACGCACAGUGCCGACAAAGGAAGAACAACGGAAGGCUAAAAAACCACAAAAGUCAAGCAAAAAAAUGGGGGAAGAAGAAACAGGGGAGGAGUAUCUGUUCAAGAUAGUGGUAAUAGGUGAUUCAGCGGUGGGCAAAUCCAAUUUACUGUCCCGUUUUGCAAGAGAUGAGUUUGACCAUAACUCCAAGGCCACCAUUGGAGUGGAGUUUCAGACUCAGGUGGUGGAGAUUGAUGGCAAGGAAGUGAAGGCCCAAGUGUGGGACACUGCUGGGCAAGAGAGAUUCAGAGCUGUCACUUCUGCUUAUUACAGAGGGGCUGUGGGGGCACUUAUUGUUUAUGAUAUUAGCAGGAAGACUACUUUUGAGAGUGUCAAAAGAUGGCUUGAUGAACUUAACACUCAUUGUGAUACGACUGCAGCAAGAAUGCUGGUUGGGAACAAGUGCGAUUUAGAGAACAUCAGAGAGGUGAGCAUGGAAGACGGGAAAAGCCUUGCAGAAGAAGAAGGAUUAUUUUUCAUAGAGACAUCUGCUUUGGAUUCAACUAAUGUGAAUAAGGCUUUUGAGAUUGUUAUCCGCGAGAUCUACAACAAUAUUAGCCGGAAAAUUCUCAACUCCGAUUCCUACAAGGCUGAAUUGUCUGUCAACCGUGUCAACAUUGACUUAUCAAAGCAAAAUAAGAGCACUUACACCUGCUGUUCAACAUGAUUUCUGGUUUGCCACUUUCCAGUGAUCUGCCUAUUUCAUUUUUCCGGAGGAAUAAAGCUUAAGGCUUUCUCCGGCUGAAGUUUAUUUCAUCGAGUUGGUACUGGUUUUGAUGCUAGAUCCAGCAUUGGGAUCAACAUGUUACAUUAUACUUGAGCUACAAUCACCGAUCGUGUUAUAAACUAUCAUAUUCUAGAUCGAGUCAAUUGAAGGUCGUUAAAUUUUAUACAUUCUAGCAUGGAAAGGACAUGUUUUCUCCGGUGGGAGUAAGAUGGAUUCUGUUUUUUAACUCA